GGCGUUUUCUCUCCAUUUUCGUUACAGCCAAAACUCCCUCGCAGCGCACUUAAAGUGAUCGUGUGAUGUCGUCGUACCGUCGAUGAUGCCGAUGAUAAUGAUCGUUACCGGUCAUCGGUGGAAGUGAAUCAAAUCGACCAACGUCCAAUGUCAGCCCGCCAGUACUAACUAGACAGACCCCGAAGUUGUUACUCAUCGAACCGAUCGAGGGAGGAACCACAGGCGAAAGUUCAUAUCCGCAUCUAUCGAGUGAAAGAUUGGAGGUCUCCGCUCUCCGGUUGAUGAUUUUUGGAGUUUUCGCUGCCGUGCCAGGUGAAAUAGAGUGCGAAAACACAAUCGGAUGGUACCGAAGUUUUCUGUUUAGCGGUGCGAUAUAGUGUUGAAAGGUGAAGUGUUUUCAAGAUAGUUAGAUUCAGAUAGCUUAAAACUGUGAAAGCACGUCUGGAUAGGUAAAAAAAAACCAACGCUGACGACCUUUUUAAAGUGAUUGUUUGAGUGAUGAGUAUUGGGAAUUUAUAAGAAGAAAACCCUGGGAGAAUUUCAAAUCAAGCAUGUCUGCCACAACCGCCAACAUGAGUGCUACCAACAAUAACAACAGCAUUGCGACGAACAACAAUGAAACGCAGUUGCCGGAGGUGCAAGUUACCUUUAAGGAUCUUCCUAUUACGUUUAAGGUCAAAUAUUUGGGCAGUCAGUACGCGAGAGGCUUGUGGGGAAUUAAGCACACCAGGCGACCCGUAGAUCAUCUAGUCAGCGCAGCCAAAGCUCUUCCGCAAAACAAACUUCUUCCGUACUGCAACUUGACGGUGUCCCUCGAAGGUGUCCGAAUGGAAACGAUCACCUCCAAGCAGAGUUUGUUGACCAACUUUACGAUCGACACGAUAUCCUACGGAGUUCAGGACCUCGUCUACACCAGGGUGUUUGCGAUGAUCGUGGUCAAGGAAAACUACAACCUCAAGGAUCAGAAUCCCUUCGAGGUGCAUGCUUUCGUUUGUGAUAGUCGAGCAAUGGCCCGCAGGUUGACAUUCGCCCUAGCGGCGUCCUUCCAGGAGUACUCCAAGCGGGUGAAGGAAGCAGAGGAGCAGAACAUGGGCAACUCGAAUGGGAAGCCUCUGCGGAGAAAGUUUGCCAUCGACCUGCGGACGCCGGAGGAAAUUCAGCAGGACAUCACCGAGCAAGAGACGGAAGCGUGAUUUCACUUAAGUUUCACAUUUUCUUUUGGUUAUAAUCUUCGUUGAACGAACGUGAAAUCAGAUAAAGUAACAGUGUUGCGACUAGUCGUUUUUUUUUUUACUAUUUACGCAUGUUAACAUAUUGACCAUAAGAUGAAUAAGAGGACCAGAACUACUGACCCUGUUGGGGUCAACAGGAUACACAUACCAAAAUCAAGUUUUACCUUUCAGCAGCAAAGAUAGAUUUAAGUGAAGAUGAAGAUGCUACAUAUUUGAUUGUUAGUAUGUUAGAGAACUAAUGAGAAGAUGCUAUAUUUUAAUUGGGAACAUUACAAAACAAAUUGAGAGAAAUUUAUAUUCAAAGUGAUAAACUGGAUGUGUGACACGAAUGGAAUUGCACUACAAAUCUGUGAGUACUGUACUAUAUAUUUUAUGAGAGAUGCCAA